UAUGAUUUACGUAAAUGAUGCAAGUCGUAUGUAACAUGGCUAAUGCGUAAUCUUGGAGAAAUCCGUUCCGGGUUUUCAUACGGCUUUAACAGGAUGAUUUGUGUGUAUACGGAGCACACGGGGCAGAUAGAGAAGAGAAACGGGUAUGGAUCUGUAGGUCCUAACGCUGUCUGUGUCGUUUCCCGGGACUCUUGUUCUGCAUACCGUGAAGCGAGAGCUCCGGUUUGUGCAUGAUACAUUUGAAUGAGAGUGUGAACUAACAACGGCGGGAAACAAAGGCACGGACAGUCCGGUGCAAAAGGAGCAAGCUGGCUGCACGGCGGGGGAUGCACGGGCACAAUAGGGAAGACCGCACUCUUCUGCUUUAAAGGACAGUGUUGCAAUAACAUUUGCACCUCAGAGAGACAAGACUCGCUGCGGGAGGCAGAAAUUGAAGCCGGAAUUUACUUUCCAGGGAUAUUUGGCAUGAAGUAAAGCACGGAGUUUACAUUGGAUGUUUAGGCUGCUUCAGGGAAUAUUUAAGUUUUUUCUUAAACCGCAACAAACGCGCCUGUCACACGAACGCGCCUGGACAGCGAAGGAACAUUAGGCUUCUGCCAACACAGCAAUAUUGUAAACAAGCACUUCUUCAACAAAUAGAUUAUAUUAUUAUUAUUAUUAUUAUUAUUAUUAUUAUUAUUAUUAUUAUUAUGUGCUCUGGGAAUAACCAGCUUAGUUGAAAUCAGAUCAGAAACAUAUUUGAAGUGAAUUCAUUUACUUGAUUGGUUUGCUGAAGAAUGUACUUACUUGAUGGUAAUUACCCGGAAAGGAUGGAGCGGGGCACGCCACAAAGAAAAACAGUGUACCGGAUAUCUUUGACAUUAGUGAAGAAAGAAAACCUGCAGGACGGUGGAGGCUCGACGCACCGGCGAUUGGAGAACCCAAAAGUGAGCGCGUACCGGCGCGAGGGAGCCUCCGAGGCGCAGCGGAGCUCUCAGCUUGAAGAACUAAAAGAAGUGGAGGACGAGACUGACGAGUUUUCUGCACACUCAUACAUGAGGAACUUCAGGACCUUUAGUACUGGACAUCUAGAAUUGGGAAGGUUGAAACUCUUAAAGAGGGCACAACAUGCGCAUAAAGAAAGGGAGUUAAAUCAAACGUGCAUCCUGCCUGAGAACGGACAGAACAAGGCCAUUGAAAAUGGGGCACCAGGGGAGAAAAGAGCAGAAGAUGUGGAUGAAAGUGACAGAUUGAAACGUGAUGCCGAGCAUGGAAAAGUCUGCAGCACAGCUGCUGCUAACGGAGAAAAAACAGGUAUUAGAAAGAAAAUCCUCAAGACAUCCAGGAGCACAGAGGAACCGGUUAGUACGUGGCCAGAUGAGCCCUGUGAGGAACCCAAGAGUGUCAAGACAGCUAAAGAGAGCUGCAUCUCCUCUUUGUUGGCUAAAGGGAAUGGGAAAUCACCUAAACCAGCACCUCAAACCCCUCCAACUAAGAGACAUCCAAGUCUGCUGCGGCGUAGUUUCAGCUUUCGCCACUGGACAGGUGGCGAACUCAUCCGUAUUCGGGCUCUGUCCAAAGAGAAGCACCACAGCAGCUCAGGCUGCAUUGGCCGUGAUGGAGAAGGGAAUCAAACUCAACCUGGUGUGGUUCUGCAAAACAUGGCUUUUGCCGAGACCGACUCCACAGAAAAACGAAACACCUUGGAUGUUGGCGAAGUCCUGAACAAAACAGACUCUGUGACAGAACUGGGCCGCAGGGAAAGGAUGAAGGGUAAGAACCGGACAUUAGACAACAGUGACCUGCUCAGGCUGUCGGAUAAAUCUUUGGUGGACAAGGAGGGUUUUAUUCGAGGGAUGGGCUCUCGUUCUAGCGGGCAGGAAAGAAAACUCAUCCGGUUCUUCAGCGGAAUCUUUUCAAAGAAAGAUGGGACGUCCACACCUUUGAGCAGCCCCAGUAACCGAGCUCUCCGGAAGAACGGCCUGCUGGGAGCUCAGCAGAGAGCAGAAAUGGGCUACUCACAGUCCAGCUCUGAGAGUGUUAACGGAUGCCCACUGGACGAUGCCUUUGUCAACAGUCAGGAGUGGACACUCAGUCGCUCAGUACCAGAGCUCAAAGUGGGCAUUGUGGGUAACUUGGCCAGUGGGAAGUCUGCGCUGGUGCACAGGUAUCUGACAGGGACAUAUGUACAGGAAGAGAGUCCUGAAGCUGACGUGGACGCAGGAGGCCGUUUUAAAAAGGAGAUUGUGGUGGACGGACAAAGUUACCUCCUCCUAAUCAGGGAUGAAGGGGGACCUCCGGAGGCUCAGUUUGCGCUGUGGGUGGAUGCGGUCAUUUUUGUGUUCAGUCUGGAAGAUGAGAUCAGCUUUCAGACGGUCUACCACUACUACAGUCGCAUGGCCAACUACCGCAACACCGCAGAGGUGCCCCUGGUGCUUGUGGGAACUCAGGACGCAAUCAGUGCAGCUAACCCUCGUGUCAUUGAUGACACUCGUGCUCGAAAACUGUCCAACGACCUGAAGAGGUGCACAUAUUACGAGACCUGUGCUACUUAUGGCCUCAACGUCGAGCGUGUCUUCCAGGAUGUGGCUCAGAAAGUAGUUGCCAUCCGGAAGAAGCAGCAGCUGUCAAUCGGACCCUGUAAGUCCCUGCCCAAUUCUCCAAGCCACUCCUCCGUCUGCGCAGCGCCAGUGUCUGCAGUGCAUAUCAGCCAGAACAGUAAUGGUGGAGGGAGUUUAAGCGAUUACUCGUCUUCUGUGCCCUCCACUCCCAGUACCAGUCAGAAGGAAUUGCGUAUUGAUGUCCCACAAACUGCCAACACACCUACACCCGUCCGCAAACAGUCCAAACGACGCUCCAACCUCUUCACGUCUCGCAAGGGAAGCGAACCAGACAGGGAGAAGAAAGGGAUGGAUGGCCGCGCAGACAGCAUUGGAAGUGGCCGCGCUAUCCCAAUUAAACAGGGCAUGUUGCUGAAAAGAAGUGGCAAGUCACUGAACAAAGAGUGGAAGAAAAAAUACGUCACACUUUGUGACAACGGAGUCCUCACGUAUCAUCCCAGUCUGCAUGAUUAUAUGCAGAACGUUCACGGGAAGGAGAUUGACCUGCUUCGGACCACAGUGAAGGUUCCAGGGAAAAGGCCUCCAAGGGCCAUCUCAACAUGCGCUGCUCCCAGUCCCAAAACCAAUGGCCUGACCAAGGACAUGAGCAACAUGCAGCUUGGACAGGCAACAGGCUCUGUGACCAGUAGUUCAUCUGCAUCUCAGAUGGCGAGUGGCAUCAGUUUGGUGUCGUUUAACAGUCGGCCAGAUGGGAUGCAUCAGCGCUCAUACUCUGUGUCCAGCGCUGACCAAUGGAGUGAAGCCACAGUCAUCGCCAACUCAGGAAUCAGCACAGAUACCGGUUUGGGAGAUUCUGUGUGCUCCAGUCCCAGCAUAUCCAGUACCACCAGUCCAAAGAUGGACCCUCCCCCAUCACCUCACGCCAACCGUAAAAAACACAGGAGAAAGAAGAGCACCAGUAACUUUAAGGUGGACGGAUUCUCUGGAACUGCUGAAGCCAAGCAUAGGGCAUGGAAACUAAAUCGCGUUGGUAGUCUGCGCAACAUUUACAACAGUUCCUCCAAUGCUGAAGAACAAGAGGACAACUUUGAGUUCGUUAUUGUUUCUCUAACGGGACAGACUUGGAAUUUUGAGGCAACAUCCUAUGAGGAGCGGGACGCGUGGGUUCAGGCCAUUGAAAGCCAGAUUCUGGCAAGUCUGCAGUCCUGUGAAAGCAGCAAACAGAAGUCUCGUCUGAGCAGCCAAUCAGAAGCCAUUGCACUGCAGUCUGUCAGGAACAUGAGAGGAAACACCCGCUGUGUGGACUGUGAAGCCCAGAAUCCUGACUGGGCCAGUCUAAACCUGGGGGCUUUGAUCUGUAUCGAAUGUUCCGGCAUUCACCGCAACCUGGGUACUCACCUGUCCCGUGUCCGCUCUCUGGACCUGGACGAGUGGCCUCUUGAGCUCAUCAAGGUCAUGUCUGCUAUUGGCAAUGAGCUGGCUAAUAGCGUGUGGGAGGCCAAUGCUCAAGGACGCCUAAAACCUGCUCCAGAUGCCAGCAGAGAGGAACGUGAGCGCUGGAUCCGGGCCAAAUAUGAGCAGAAGUUGUUUUUGGCAUCGCUGACAUGCACAGAGCUCUCUCUCGGACAGCAGUUACUGCGGGCCACAGCAGAGGAGGACCUGCGUUUGGUGGUCAUUCUGCUGGCCCACGGCUCCAGAGAUGAGGUCAACGAAACCUGCGGGGAAGGUGAUGGCCGGACCGCCCUGCACCUGGCCUGCCGGAAGGGGAAUGUUGUGAUCACGCAGCUGCUCGUAUGGUACGGUGUGGACAUCAUGGCACGGGAUGCUCACAGCAAUACGGCAUUGGCGUAUGCACGACAAGCUAACAGUCAGGAGUGUAUGGACGUGCUUCUUCAAUACGGCUGUCCCGACGAGCGUUACCCGCUCAUGGCCACGCCCAACCUGUCCCGCAGGAACAAUAACCGCAAUAACAGCUGCAGCAGCAUGAACAGUGCAGUUAUAUGAGGAACAAAACACUCACAUCCACCUCAACAUGUAUUCUGGCCCACACUCCUCCCUAUACACACACACACCCCUUCAUAUGUACAGCUCCACCACUACAUCACAAUCAUGACACUAUAGCAGACCCCAACACUGAUGAUGAUGACGAUGAUGAUGAAGCAAAAAUUAAAACCCUGCUCUUUGCUUUUCUGUCAGCGCCAGCUUAAUCUACCAAGUGCAUGUUGGGAGAAUAGAGUGUGGAUUUGGUAACUGAUGGAGUCCAAUGGAUGACAAAGCAAGAUGGGAGUGUGUGGGCAGUGUGGAGGAUCUUCAAAAGAAGUCCCAGAGAACUCUGUAUGUGUCCUGACUUUCAUCUCCAUAUUCACAUUGCUCUAUCAAUCUAGUUUAUACUUUCAGACUUUAAAUCUGUUCUGACUGUUUUUUUCUCAGCCGUUUAAGCUAGUAUGUUCACUUUGUCCUCUCUCCUUUGUUUUUGAAGGAACACUCCACUUGUUUUGCGGAAUAUGCUUAUUUUACAAGUCUGUUGUGUUUUACCAGUUUUGAAUCUACUCAGGCGAUCUACAGAUCUGGCGGGAGCACAUUUAGCUUAGCUUAGCAUAAAUCAUUGUAUCAGAUUAGACCAUUAGCUUCUCGCUCAAAAAAAAAAAAAAAAAGUUUAAUAGUAUUCUUUUUUUAAAGCUUGACUCCUCUGUAGUUUCAUCCUGUAAAUUUAAAAGUUGCUGUUCUGGCAUAAUAAUCAAGAAACUGCGCUGCCAUGCCAGCCAUGAUAUUAUGAAAUGCUGUUACCUAGUUAUCUAGCUGUGACUAUUAUCUUAUCAACCUACAAAAUAGCAAAUAUCUAUUUUCCAUCAGUCUUAGUACUUGAUCUAACUACAGAAUUGUCAAGCCUUAAAUAGUAAAAUUAUCAAAAAUUGGAGAUGCUAAUGGUUUAAUCCAAUUCAAUGAUCUAUGCUAAGCUAAGCUAAAAGUAAUCCCGCCAGGAUAUUGGCUGAAUGAAUUAAACAAUGGUAAAACUAAACUGAGUAUAAAUCUACACUUAGACUUGAGACAUAAAUAAGCCUAUUUGCAAAAAAAAAAAACAACAACAAAAAAACAAGUGGAGUGUUCCUUUAAGUCAGGGAUGUCCAUACUCGAGGGCCAGUGUCCUGCAUAUUUUAGUUCCAACCCUGAUUCAACACACCUGAACUAGCUAAUCAAGCUCUUUCAAAGUAUACUAGAAACUUCCAGGGAGGUGUGUUGAGGGAAGUUGGAGUAAAGUAUGCUGUACACCGGCCCUCCUGGAUGGAAUUUGGACACCACUGCUUUAAGUAGUGUGAAAGGAAUGUCACCCCAAUUUUGAGUCAAAACUUUGAGGUUUGAGUUUGACUUUUUACCCAUUUUUGAGCAGCAUUUGUCUUAGCACUCAUUACUGGACCAACGGAAGAUUCUUAAAGCCUUUUAAGAUUUGCGUUUCUCCAAAUUAAAAGGGAAUUCAGUUUUAAUUUUCACCAGCUUUGUUUUAGCACAUCUUUUAACCAGCCAAACUGGCCUUAUUUCUUGUCCAUCAACUGACUUAUUAUUUACUUUAAGUGUACAGAUUCAGAAGAACCACGUCAUUGAUUCAGAAGUUGGUUUUCCCCCUAAUUUCCCCCUAGGACAAAAAAAUCACAGGUAGGUUUGUAAGGUCUUAUAGAAUAUCAUAACACACAGGGCUUUUUGUCAAGCAAGAGACUGAAAUCUGCUAAUGGUGGCCGUCACUUUCAUGCAGUCUCAGGUCAUCUCACACUUUAACACUGUAGAGUCCUGAAGCUGGUGUAUUCUAUUGAAGAGAAGGACUCUUUGGGUCUUUAGUCCCAAUCUGUACAUACUCUCCAAUCUUCUCUCUCACUCUGCGUUUUCUUGAAGUAGAGUACUAAAUAGAGCAGUAUUGAGGACAGCCCCCUGACGAAAGCGUUUAUUAUAAAUAUUUGACCUCACCCUCUUUUUUUAAGUUGUGCCUGUUUGAGGUAUUGUCGUCUUUUUCUCUCAAUGGUUUUUCAUAACUUCGUUUUUCUCCUCGCCUUUAUAUUCUUCUUCUUUCUUGUGUUUCAAGGAGUAUUAAAGCAAUACAAAGCCAAAAUUCAGCCAGGUAGAUGGACAAGUAAUCAUUUUUCACCUUGUUCUUGGACGUCAAUCCUGCCGCUGUUUUGUGUUUGUUUUUUUGAGAGAUGUAAAGCCGAUGUCAGUCUCAGGGCGUAUAUAUAUAUAUCAUCACACAGGAUCCCAUGCAGGGUUUGAAAUCGACUUGCUCCAUAAUAUAGGCUUUGAUCAUUUAAUCUCAGCUCCCAUUGAUUUAGCUCUUCACUAGGUAGUAGAAAUGUGAAGGUACUCGAUUUAGGGUUGGAGAUGCGAGAGAGACUCUGUUGUAGAAUAAAUAUAUUCCACAAUACAAGCGAUAUUGAAAGUCUUCAAGAUAGUUGGUAGAUAUUUGGGAUUGUGUAGAGAAAAGUAGCUAUCCAAGCGUUCAGAGGACACCAGUGAGAAUUGAAAAAAGCUUUGCGGGUAGAAACUACCAGAGGAACGUUUGAGUUGAUUUUGCAGCUCCAAAAGGUGCCGUUUUUUCGUCUUGUAUAUAAACGUAGCAGGCCUUUAGAGGUUUUACCACAAUGACCAUUAUUUAUGACUAAAUGCACUACAGAUCAAUCGUUGUGAAGAACCCACAAUAUAAUGUCCACUUUGAAUCCUUUCUGUGGAAGAACAGUCGUUUUUGUUUUCGAUCUUUUUGCAUGAACGGAUGUAAAUGUUCUCUUCUUUGUGUAAAUGUCUUCGUCUUCAUUAAACUGUACCCUGACAGGUGACGCUAAAGAGUCUGCCAUUUUAUUAUGAAAACAUCCUUUUAUCAGCUUGUGAACGUUUUUUUUUUUUUGGUCGGCCUUUAAUCUACUUUUUUUAUCAUCUAUCCAUGUUUUAACUGAAUAAAGAUAGCAUGAAUGAGCAAACGAGACAACAAUCCAAUGAAUACUGCGACAGCAACCAAAGCAUCACUUCACUCCCUUUUGAGUAAAAGCAAUGCCAUCAAUUGGGGAUUUUUAUAAAUACGUUCCAAGUUGCUUUAACAUAUCCUUGAUUUUAUUUCAGUUCCCGUUGCUUUGUGUAAAUAGAUGUAAAAAAUGGAAGAAUGCGUAGUGUUUGUUUACUUUUUUGUUUGCGUUUAUUACCUCAUUUCAUCCACAGCCUCCGUGUUACGUUCGAACCCAAGAGACCCGUUUCAUUAUUUAUGAAUAUGCUAAUCUGUAAGAGGAGGAGCUUUUCUUUCUCUCACACUAUUGGGUUUUGCAUUCGUUCCUUUAUUCAGUCCAUUGGCAUCCAAACGAUCAUUCUGAUUGGAAUUUAUCGGUGUUGUAUUUCUAAUUAUUAUUGUUAUUAUAUUGAGUUUGUGUCAGCUGUACAGUACUGUGUUGAAAAAUUAUAUCUGAUGCAGAGUCUUAUACUGUAAUGUGUCUCUUUUCAAUAAAAAGCUUCUUAAUAUAA